AUGGAGCUCACCUGGCUGGUAGACAGCCCACAGACUCGGUCUCGCAAAAGAGCUUUAAGAGCCUGCGACCGUUGUCAACGGCGAAAGAAACGCUGUCAUCAUAUUCUUAUGCAGCUAAACCCCACUCGUGUACGUCGAAGGCGACUUGCGGUUGAUCUGGUAGAUGGGCAAAGUCAAUCUCGCCCUGGGAUCUCCACGGAUAAGCCACUAGGCACGAGCGUGCCCGGCCGCUUUGUUGGUGAGAUGAACCCUGAGGUCGCCAUUCGAGAAAGGCUGGCGGUGGGUGCCGGUUCCGCUUCACUCCGCAACCGCGUGGGGCUCUGGAUUCCAUUCUCCGCCGUGGAGACAGGGCGGCCAUACCUGGAAGAUGUUGCCAAUGUCGACCAACGGCCCUUCACCCACCAGGUCAUCGAGGCCGGGUAUACAUACCCGCCGCAGGAGUUCGAGGGCUUGAUUCGACGACGGCACGAGUCUGCACUCCAAGCCUCGAGGCCACUGCCUGCAUCUACCCGUGCCCUGUUGUUUGCCAUUUAUUUCUCCCAGGUUCACCAUAUCUUGCCCACUGUCGAGCCGGACGUCCCCGUUACCUCCCCAUUCCUCGAGCGGGCCAUCUGUCUCGUGGCCGCCAAGGCGCGAGCCGCAGCCCCACAUCUCUAUCUAUGCGACAACGGCGCAUUGGCCUCACCUCGCGACUUCUGCUCACAAAUUUACACCGGACUCAAAGACGCGAUCUUCGAAGGGUUGAAGCGGGAUCGCAUCACCCGGAUCCGAGUGCUCGCCUUGAUGGCGUUGCAUUGCGAGGACUCGGAAGGCUCCGAAGCAGCGUCCAUGCAUCUAUCGCAGGCCAUCCACCUAGCCCAGACAAUCGGUUUGCACCUCAAGCAGCCGAGUAAUAGCGACAGGUCGUGUCCUCACUUGUUCUGGAGUUUAUGGGCCUUGGACAAGCUCCUGGUUUCGAUGUUCGGUCGGCCUGCGUUGAUCAUAGAUCAUGAUGUCAGUGCGGAGAGACCCGGCAAAUUGAUGGACUCGGCCAAGGCCUUCAAGGGCGCGUUCGAGAUCUGGUUCUCAAUCUCACAGCUGCUCUUGGAUGCCAUUCGUCUCUAUCGGCCGGGCACCGAGACUACCGUCGACCUGGGGAUCUUCCCGAGCUUCGAGGAAGUCGUCGGGUCUAAGGUCGAGAGCCUGGAUUUUGCCACCCUCGCGUUCCUGGAACUCUCUUACCAUGCAGUAGGGAUUGUCUUUCACAGAACAAUUGACUCAACCGUAUCUGAGCAGAGCAAUUCAGCACAGAUCCAGCGGGGCCUAGCGGCCACGUGUAUACAGUCCAUUGUGGCCAAGAAAUGUACCCAUGACCUUCCGCCGCUGCCUAUUAUCUCAUAUGCAGUCUCACUGUCAAUGAGCGUCUCCUAUCGGCACUACCGGUCCAGCAAUCUCAUCACGCACCGAAGACGAGCUGCGACAGACAUCGAAACCUGUUGUACUUUGCUCGAGGGCUUGAGUGUCUCGUGGUACUCUGCCGAAGCGAUGGCCCGAUUGGGCCGUAAGGCUCUCCAGCAAAUCCGCGAGAGUGAUCCGGGCUUGAAUAGGGAUACAGUACCUACCUUACCCUCUGUACAAACAACUCAAAAUAAGCGUGGUCAAGCGGCUCCCAUACCAUCUAGAGGCGGAGAGGGUAGUCUGUCGAUAGACGCGACUUGUGUACCCUUUGCACAGCAUUCCGUCGAUUAUCCUCAUGGAGGGGACCAAGGUUUGGCGUUCGGUGAUAUGGCUGAUCUUGAUAUCGCAUUCGACGAUUUCUUGGAUCUUUCACUGCCAACCAAUUUUUGAUCUGUCUCGUGUCUUUUCGGGCGUGGAGUCGAGUCCCAACGAGUAGCAUACAAACCAGCUUGUCAAAGCUGUCCGGCUCAAUAAAUGAGCAAGCGAGGUCUACUUAGUGGAAUAAGAGGUCCUGCUUCAGCACAGACAAUGCAUAACAUUCGCAGACUUAGGCUACAGUUCCCUCACUGCGAGUUGCGAUGGUCACUGAUCUGUAUUCCCAGAUCUUUUCCCAGAGGUGCCAGUCUCGCUUUUAGCUUUUUUACUAUACAUGGAC